AUGCCAGAGAAAAAGUUUUGGGAUGGAAAUGCAUUGAAUAGUCCACCGAAAAUUAUUAUCAAAAAAGAAAAUAUUGGAUUAAAAGAAUAUCAACAUCAAAAAUAUCAAUAUAAUUUAUUUACUCAUAUAAUUAAACGUGAUCAAUAUUAUGAAGAUUUAAGUCGAGUUAAAGAUCGAAUGGGAAAAACUGUACCAAGUAUGCAACAAGUUAUUCAUGGAGAUAUGAAAAGAAUUAAUACAAAUAAAGUUUAUGAAAGAAAACUUAAUCGUGAUUUAACUGGACCAAGAGGUUUAAAUUGGCAAUGCAAACAAAAAUUACAACGUUUAGAAAACAAUGAACGUGAUAUUGAGCGUGAUUUAAUUCGUCUUAAUCGUGAUCUUGCACGAAUUGCUUUAUCAACUUCAGUUGGUCAAUCACCAGUGUCCAAUGAAGAUAAUGAUCCUUUGCAAGUUCAAACAGAACCUUUAUCAUCUACUACUAGUAUCAAUUCAAUGGUUCAAACAUCACCAAAAACGAAACUUAUUCUAGGACGUUCGAUCUCUAUGAAUACAAGUAAAACGACAACUGGUCAUUUGACACCACUUCAUCAAAAGCGAUUAUCAUUAAAUCAAACAAGUUCAUGUAAUGAAAGAUCUCCUUGGAUUGAUAAACAAACAUUUUCGAAAGUCAAUGAAGAACGUCCUUAUCUUCAACAACAUGGUCUUAUAAUUGAUCGAGAAAAACGAAAAAUUCAACAAAAAUUAAAGUGUUUUUUUAACUGA